AUGACUGUUGCUAAUUAUGCUGCUAACAGUAUAGAUAUAUUUCUUGGCAAUGGUACUAGUAGUUUUACAAGACAAAUGACAUAUUCAACUGGUCCCAAUUCAGCCCCGUACAUGAUUGCAGUUAGUGAUCUCAAUAAUGACUAUCGACUUGAUAUUGUCGUCGCAAAUUUCGGUGCUAACAACAUCGGAGUCUUUCUAGGAUAUGGUAACGGGUCUUUUGCUAAUCAAAUAACAGUUUCAACUGGCUCAUCUCGGCCACUUUGGGUCACUAUAGCUGAUUUUAAUAACGAUACAAUACGUGAUCUUGUCAUUGCCAACUAUGGCACUCACAGUCUCAGUGUACUCUAUGGAUACGGGUUUGGACGUUUCUCGAGUCCAAUUACUUAUUCGACCGGCUACGAUUCUCUUCCCGUUGCUAUAGCCACUGGUGAUUUUAACAAAGAUGAUUAUCUAGAUCUUGCCGUUGCGCUCCAUGGUACAAGCAGUAUAGAUAUACUAUUUGGAAGCAAGAAUGGUUCGUUUGUUAAACAUAGAACCACUUCAAUUGCUUCUAAUUCUCAUCCAAUAUCCAUCGCUGUUGGUCAUUUCGACAACAACGACGGACUCGAUAUAGUUGUUGCUAAUCAGGGUACUAACAAUGUGUGUAUACUCUUAGGCUAUGGAAACGGAACUUUUUUUAUCCAAAAUAACCCUUCAAUUGGUUCUUCUACACCAUAUUCUAUUGCUACAGCUGAUUUCAACGAAGACCAAAUGUUGGAUUUGGUCAUUACCAGUGAUGGCAUAAACAAUAUACUUGUGUUGCUUGGCAAUGGUAAUGGAACGUUUGGACAUAGGGCCAUAUAUCCAACUGGAUCUUCCUCUUCAACCUCAGUUGCUGUUGGUGAUUUCAACAAUGAUAAUCUACAGGACAUUGUUGUCACCAAUAAUGAUACUAAUAACAUACAGAUUCUCUUUGGUUAUAAAGAGCGAACUUUUGGAGAAAAAAUAAUGUAUCCCACUGGUAUUGCCCCAUCCUCUACAGCUGUUGGUGAUUUCAACAACGAUACACUAUUAGACAUAGUAGUUGCUAACAAGAAUGAUAGUAAUAUAAGCGUGCUGCUUGGAUAUGGCAACGGGUCUUUUCAAUAUCGAGCGACAUAUGCAACUGGUACUGCUCCAUCCACUGUAGCUGUCGCUGAUUUCAACAACGACAGUAUACUAGACAUCGUCGUCUCAAAUUAUGGUAGUAACACUUUAGGCAUUUUUCUUGGAUAUGGCAAUGGUUAUUUUCAAAGUCAAACGACGUAUCGAACUCAAUUUGCUCCAUCAUCCAUGGCCGUUGGUGAUUUCAAUAACGACAACAUAUCAGACAUCGUGGUUGCUUAUUAUGACAACAACAGUCUGGGCGUUCUUCUUGGAUUUGGUGAUGGAUCUUUUGCAACUCCAAUGAUUUAUCAAGUUGGAAUUUCUCCAUCUUCUUUAGCUCUCGGUGAUUUGAACAAGGACACUAUACUGGAUAUCAUCGUUACCAAUUAUGGCUCUAGCGAUGUAGGUGUACUUCUUGGAUAUGGAAAUGGAUCCUUCGCAGAUCAAACAUCUCAUUACAUUCAUGGUAAUCUAAACGCUGUAGCGGUCGGUGAUUUCAACAACGAUACUUGUCUAGAUAUCGUUGUCAUUAUUGAGGAAGAGAGCAACAUAUGUAUUCUUCUUGGGUAUGGCAAUGGUUACUUUGCAACUGAAAAGACGUAUUUGGCUGGUUAUCAACCAUCUUAUGUAGCUGUUAGUGAUUUUAACAAUGAUACACGACUAGAUAUUGUAGUCACCAAUUCUUAUAACAAUCAUGUAGGUGUAUUCAUCGGAUAUGGUGAUGGCCGUUUUGAAAAUCAGGUGACGCAUCCGACUAGUACUACUCCAUCACAUGUAGCUGUUGGAGAUUUCAAUAACGACGCCAUAGUGGACCUUGUCGUCACUAAUUAUGGUAACAACAAUGUCAAUGUACUGCUCGGAUAUGAUAGAAAAACUCUUGAAGAUGAAAUAACAUUUACCUCUUCUGGAGGUUCUCGCCUACAAAGUUUAGCUAUUGGGGAUUUCAACAAUGACAGUCAACCAGACAUUGUCGUUGCAAAUUAUGGUACUGGAAAUAUCGGGUUUCUAUUUGGAAACGGCAAUGGUACUUUUGAAAGGCAGAUGAUGUUUACGAAUGGCUUCGAUUCUCAUCCGGUUUUUAUUACUACGGCUGAUUUCAACAGAGACUCUCAAUUGGAUAUCGCUGUGGUUAAUUCUGCCACUAAAACUAUAGGCAUAUUUGUCGGAAAUGGCGACGGAGCAUUUACAACUCAAACCAGUUACAGGAUUGAUUCUAAUGUUGUUCCGUCUGUUAUUGCGGUUGGUGAUUUCGAUAAUAAUGGACGCUCAGACAUAGCUGUUGCCUAUGAUAACAUCGAUGAUUUUGACAUACAUCUUCAGUAUGAUCCUGGAUCUUUGUCGAAUCAAACCAUCUAUUACUCUAACGGUCAUUCGAAGUUUGUAACUCUCGGUGACUUUAACAACGACAGUCGACUGGAUAUUGUCGCCAUUAAUGAGAAUGAUGCAAAUGUAUAUGUGCUAUUUGGACACGACAAUGGUUCUUUUUCAAAUCCAAUAGCGUAUCCAACUGGCUCUGCUCUAUCUUCUGCAGCUGUGGAUGAUUUCAAUCAUGACAAUCGACAAGAUAUAGUCGUCGCUAAUGAAGGUGAUAACACUGUAACCGUACUUCUUGGAUAUGGCAACAGUUCUUUUGAAACUGCAACCGUGUAUUCCACUGGUUAUCAACCGUCAGCUAUAGCUGUCGGCGAUUUUAACAACGACAGCCAUCAGGAUAUAGUUAUUGCAAAUUAUGCCAGUAACAACGUGAGUGUUCUUUUAGGGUAUGGAAAUGGAGCCUUUACAAAUCAAAGAACGUACUCAACAGGCGUUAAUCCUCGGUUUGUAGCUGUUGGUGAUUUCAAUAACGACAAUCGAAUAGACAUUGUCGUCGCUAAUUCUGGUAGUAACAAUGUAGGAAUACUUCUUGGAUAUGGCGACGGUUCUUUUUCGACACAAACUACAUAUUUCACUGGCAUUGCUCCAACUUCGAUAGCUGUCGCUGAUCUCAAUAGCGACAGCAUUCUAGAUAUCGUUGUCGCCAAUAAACUUUCUGACAAUAUAUGUAUAUUACUCGGAUCUAGAAAUGGCUCAUUCACAUAUCAAAGAGCUUAUCAUACUGGUGUUGCUCCAUCAUCUGUAGCUGUUGGUGAUUUCAACAACGACUUUCAACUAGAUAUUAUCGUCGCCAAUAUUGGUACUAACAAUGUUGGUGUACUUCUUGGACAUGGUAAUGGCUCAUUUACGAUUGAAGCGACAUAUCAAACUGGUAUUGCGCCAUUCUCUCUUGCCGUGGGUGAUUUUAAUCAUGAUUCCCGACUUGACGUCACCGUUGCUAAUGAGGACAGUGGUAAUAUAGGUGUACUGCUCGGAUAUGUCAAUUUUACUUUUCGAAAUCAUGCUGUUCUUAGAACUGGCAACGGUUCUCGGCCAUGGUCGUUUGCUGUAUGCGAUUUGAACAAUGAUCAUCAAAUGGAUAUCAUUGUGGUCAACAGUGACACUAAUAAUAUAGGGAUUUUUCUUGGGUAUGGCAACGGCUCUUUUUCUAAUCAAUUAGUAUUUUCAUCCGGGUCUUAUUCUUCUCCAAAAUCUGUAGCAAUUGGCGAUUUAAAUCAUGACAACAAACUAGAUAUGGUGGUCGCUAACUCUGGAAGUAACAAUGUAGGUGUAUUUUUGGGCUUUGGUAAUGGAUCUUUUGCAAGUCAAAUCACAUAUUCAACUGGAUCUUAUUCUUCUCCAAGACAGGUUGCUGUUGGUGAUUUUAAUAAUGACCUAUUACUAGACAUUGCUGUCGUCAAUUAUGGUAGAAAUAAUAUAGGCAUACUUCUUGGACAUGGUGAUGGCUCAUUUUCAGAACAAAUCGUGCUUUCAAGCGGUUAUGCAUCUCUUCCGUUCUCGUUUGGGGUCGCCGAUUUCAACCAAGAUGGAAAGCUGGAGUUUGUUGUGGCUCUCAAUGGUAGUGACAGUUUAAAAGUCUUUUUACAGACUUGCUGA